AUGGCCAAGUUGGCCAAGUUGUACAUUAAGGAAAUUGUGAGGUUGUAUGGAGUAGCUUCGAGCAUAGUCUCCAAUAGAGAUCCGCAUCCUGAACUAACACAGCACAUCACAACACAUUCACCACUUACUAACUUUCCUACCAGUCUCUUCUUCCCCACCGGUCUUUCACCAUCUCAUCACUUCAUUAACUCCAUCAACACCAACAUUAUUCUCUCACUCUCUCACACACCCACCAUCACUAUCACCAUGUCUACACUCUUCAACAUUCUUCUAUUGUUUCUCACAUUUUCUUCUUUUUCUUCUUCUUCUUCUCCUUCACACCCUCGCCGUGUCCUUCACCAACCCCUCUUCCCCAGAAUCUCUAUCCCUCCAACACAUCCACCAGCAUUAUCCCCUCAACCCCAAAAGCAACACCAUUUACCCAAGUUUCCAUUUUCGUCUUCUUCAUCGUUCUCGCCUCCACCGCCGCAAAAACCUUUCUUUCCUUCUUACCAUUCCCCACCACUCCCUCCUUCCCCCACCGUCGUUGCCACUUUCCCCGCCAACAUCUCCUCCCUCCUCCUCCCCCACCCCUACUCCCACCACCACCGCUCCGCCGCCGCCCUCGCCGUCUCCCUCUCCCUCUUCUCCCUCGCCCUCCUCGCCGCCGCCGCGUUCUUUCUCCUCCACCGCCGCCGCGCUAAAAGGACUUCCUCCUCCGAUGCCACCCAUGACGACGACGACGAGAAAGCCUCGAGAUCCGACAGCCUCCGUCUGUUCCCGUCGAACGCCGCCGCCUCCGACGGCGUCGAUAGAAAACCCCGCGGAAAGUCCUCCCCGACGUCGGAGCUGCUCUACCUCGGCACGGUAGCGAACUCGGUGAACUCAACGCUAGACACAAGCUCCAGUCACCACGACGACGGUUUCCGGCCACCGUAUCAAAAACUCGGCGAUUCGCCGGAACUGAACCCACUUCCACCUCUGCCACGUCACAAAUUCAAACCGUGGAUGAAUGAAGAUGACGAUGAUAAAAAUGUGAAAGAAAAAGUGGAACAACAAGAAGAGGCAGAAAAAGAAGAAGAAGAUGAACAGUUUUUUUCUCCAAGAAGUUCUUCUGGUGGGAACAAUCAACAUAGUCCUCCUUAUCCUUCAGCUGUUGCUGCUUCAAGUUCGCGCGUGGAUAAUAAAAUCGGUUCUACAAGCUUCACUUCUCGAACCCCUUCGUACCCUCGUUCCAAUUCCCUCUCUUUCUCUCGUUCCCCGUCUCUUAAUUUCAGCCCCGCAAGUGUUAAAUCACUCCCUCCACACAACCCUGCUUCUCCUUCUUUCUCUUCAUCAUCUUCUUCUCCCAGGGAAGAAUGGCAUGUUCCUUCAAGGGACCAAAAUUCUCCGGCGAGAUAUUUACCUCCUCCACCUCCGCCGCCACCUCCGCCGCCGCGGAUUUGGGAAGCUCCAGUUUCUGUUAGGAAAGUGAGUGAGGAGACACCGAAGCCAAAGUUGAAAGCUUUACAUUGGGAUAAAGUUAAGGCCAGCUCGGACAGGGUCAUGGUUUGGGAUCAGUUGAGACCCAGUUCUUUUCAGUUGAACGAGGAUAUGAUUGAAACACUUUUUAUGGCAAAUAAUUCCAAGGAGGGUGUGGGGGUUGCGGUUAGAGAUAAUGCUCGACGCCACGUAGUUCAUUCUGCUUCUCCCAUGCCCAUGGAGAAUAGGGUCCUUGACCCUAAGAAGUCUCAGAACAUCGCCAUUUUGCUUAGGGCUCUCAAUGUUACCAUUGAUGAAGUUUGUGAUGCCCUCAGAGAAGGCAAUUGUGAUACGUUGGGAACAGAACUUCUUGAAAGUUUGUUAAAGAUGGCUCCAACUAAAGAUGAAGAAUCUAAGCUGAAGGAAUUUCAAGAUGAAUCGCCUUUCAAGCUUGGCCCAGCUGAGAAAUUUCUCAAAGUUGUUCUUGAUAUACCUUUCGCUUUCAAGAGGGUGGAUGCUAUGCUCUACAUUGCCAAUUUUGAUUCAGAAUUAGAAUACCUUAAAAAGUCCUUUGAAACUCUGGAGGUGGCCUGUGAGGAAUUAAAGAAUAGUCGAAUGUUUUUGAAGAUACUUGAAGCAGUGUUAAGAACAGGAAAUAGAAUGAAUGUUGGCACCAAUCGUGGUGAUGCUCAUGCGUUCAAACUGGACACACUUUUGAAGUUAGCUGAUAUUAAAGGAACUGAUGGAAAAACUUCUCUGUUGCAUUUUGUUGUACAGGAAAUUGUCAGAACCGAGGGUUCUCAUGUUUCUGGUUCUAACCAUUACCAUGCUUCUGACAAUGUCCACCAAUACAGUCUCCAAGAUGAGGUUGACUUUAAAAAGCUUGGCCUGCAAAUUGUUUCGGGACUGAGCGGGGAGCUCAGCAAUGUUAAAAAAGCAGCUGCUAUGGAUUCAGACAUGCUCAGUAGUGAUGUUGCCAAACUUGCCAGAGGAAUUGACAAAGUUGUGCAAGUAGUGAAAUUGAAUGAGGAGUCACCUUUGAAAGAAACUAACCAAAAGUUUUCGGAGGCAAUGAAAGGUUUCUUGGAAAGGGGAGAGCAAGAGAUUUCAACAAUCCAGGCCCAAGAGAAAAAUGGCCUCUCUUCAGUGAAGGAGAUAACUGAGUAUUUCCAUGGAAAUUCAGCAAAGGAAGAAGCUCAUCCAUUUAGAAUUUUUAUGGUUGUGAGGGAUUUCCUUUCCAUUCUAGAUGGUGUUUGCAAGGAAGUUGGUAAAGUGAAUGAGAGAACUUUGGUUGGUUCUCGUCAUUCUGUGAUGCCUGCAAAUCCUGUAAUGCAAACCUUUUUUCCUGAGAUUAUUGGUAAGCAACCAUCUGAUUCCUCUGAAUCUGACUAAACUGACCAAGUUAUAACAGGUUGAAGUAGUUUGCUCAUGUUUGGUCAGUGAUGGGUUACCUUUUAUCAUCCAAAUAUCAUCAUGUGGAGUGACGUUUUCACUAAAAAAUCACUGAGUUAGCUAAAGACCCAGCUUUAUCCCCUACCUGUGAUGAUGACCUUACCUGUGAUGGUGAUGAUGAUGAUGAUAAAAAAAGGGCUCAUGCCAUUACAGAUCUUUGUUUUACUGCUUAUAUAGCUCUGUAUAUGUUUUAUUGCCUAGAUUAUUUUCUUUGUGCUAGGUUGGCUGCUUUUCUGUAUCUGUAUUAAUAAAUUAAUGGCAAAUUUUGGCUCUUUUUCCCAAAUUUUGAUAUA